UGCUUCCCUCCUGCGCCGCCCCUCGCAUCAGCACCCCCUCCCGGCCCGGCGAGGUGUGAGCCGCUAAAGCACCGGCCAGGCUUAAAAAUACGUCUAUCUGAUUUUUCUUCCUUUCUUAAUUCCUGUUGCAGUCACUCUGCGUUACUUCUGCGCGCGCCUGGCUGAGCUUUCCUGCAGGUGCCCACCUCUCCCCCACACAUGGUAAAGGCACCCAAAGAUGGGCAGUGUGUGAAUGGUUUGCAGCCAUUGUGUUAGAAGCUACUGUAUCUUCAAGUGGGCAUGUGCAACAGGAAUUUUCAGUUUCUCAUUCCUGCUGAGUUCUAACUUCCCUCACCACAGGAAGCUAUUUCUUUGCUAAGGACCAGCUAACACUGACCUAUCAUGGCAUCCAACAAAUUUGUCAUUAAGUGUGGGAACUUUGCUGUUUUGGUGGAUGUUCGUAUUUUGCCUCAAGGCUCCAGUAAAGACACCAGCUGGUUUUCAGAUCAUGAGAAAGAGGAGGUCUGCAUGCUGCUAGAAGAAGUUGUUGCUUCAAGGGUCAAACACUACUUGGAAGCGCCUAAACAACGUGGUCAAUGGAAAUCAAUGGAACACGCACCAUCUGGUCCUUUGUUUCUUACUGGAUUUCUGUCAUUCUCAGGAACAGAAACAGAAGAGCCUCUGUCCAACAGUUUUCACAUUAUUGCCUACUUUAUGAAGAGAUGGGUUAAUCUCCGUUGUGCUGUAGGGAAACAGUAUCGUGAGCUCCGUGUGUUUCCAGACAGAUUUAUAGUUUGUGUCAGUAAACUUGAAUCUAAUCCAAGUGCUUGGACAUGUGAAAAUGAUGUAUUGCAGAAAGAACUUUCCAAUGGGACGUCUGAAUAUUUUACUGAAUCUGUGGAGAACAAGAAGCUUAAGAUUAGUCUGAAUGAACAAAUAAAGCAAGACAUCUUGAAAGAAAUUGUGAAAAGGACAAAACCAAGGAAAAGUAGCACAAGCAAACCUCAAAUCAGCAAGGACUCCAAGAAAGUGUAUCUUGGCUCAGUGGACUCGCAGACAGGGAACAGAAAGAAUGACUGUCAAACUUCUCUCAGUCCUCAGUCUGAAGUGAAAUGUAGGAGUACAGGACUGCUAAAGGACUGCAUAAAUACAGCUGAGAGCAACUUGGAGCUUCCUGUUUUAGAGCUGGAAAAUUAUGUUAAUCAGAGACAGCCAGAUGAUGUUAGCAGCCAGCAAAAACCUCACUCCGUGGAGUGGUUGAAGUCGAGUCUUCUAAGUGAAAACCCUCCUUGUAGCUCUGAGUCAGCAGCGCUAGGUCCAAAACAAAGUCAAGAAGUGACCAAAACAGAGGCUCACCAAAAGAGCUGUGGUGCAGAAGAAAAGUUAAAGCAUUUCAAAAAAGUAUCCUCUGAAGGGACUCCUUUAAUUCCUAGCAAUACAGAAAUGAGCGAGCACAAUGAUGAUUGUUCAGGUCUGUUCCUGGAGGAGAAGACCCCACUUAGUUCCAGUUUGUUUUCUAACAAAAACAUGACAAAGACUGUGUCUGAUGAGGAGUCCCUAACUUUGAGAAAAAACCUCUCCCGGCCUCCUUCUGUGAGAAACAGUAUAGUGCAGACAAGCCAAAAUGAGCCAAGUGCAACCACUGAAGAAUUGCCUGUGAUGCCAUCAUCUUGUUUAGAGCUGCAGCCUGUAUCUUCAGAGAAGCUUAUCCAAAAAAGAAAAAAAGAAGUUGAAACUGGUCUCAGGAAGUUAAAACUGAGAAGGCUUAAGAAGUCAUAAAGUCUGAAAUAUUACCUUGAUGGCAUGGGUGGACAGCCAAAUUUGCAUUUGGAAAGCGUGUGCAAAAAGUAGGAAGCAAUUCAAAAUAAUGAAAAAUAAUAAAAAUACAAAGUCAAAAUUAGAUAUAACUUUUUAAGAAAAUUUAGUUAACUAAGCAUCUUAGUCAUUGGGAACUGUAAUGAAGGUAAUUCUGUUAAGUCUUUAGGAAUUAGACAUUAAUAUUGUAUGAAGCACUGUAAUAUUUGUAGAAAGAAAAAUCUCUUAUAAUAUUUACUAAGCAAAAUUUUAGAUCUAUGGAUGUUUUAGUAUUAAAAAGUCAUAUCAGCUGAUGACAGCAAAUGUUAAAAACACUUGUGAUCUGUUAGCAGCUGCAGUUAUUUAGUGUUUUGCUUGUUUAUUUUAGUAAAAAUUAAUCCUUUCUCUGUGUUAGGAAGUUCAUGAUUUAUUCACAUGAUCUUUACAACAGUAAGGCGAAUUGAGAUUAUUUCAAAUAAAUCUUUAACCAGGAUUUAAUGUUGCUGAUAAUUUAAGGCCUGCCUUUUCAGUGAGGUUUCAAAAUAACUAUAGUUUCUGCUUGUGCAGUUUUGAUAUGAACGUUUAUUUCUAACUAGAGUUGUGGAUACAAGUGAUCAUGCAUUCCAUCUUUGGAAAAAAUGAAGAUUGGUUUUAUAUAUGUGGUCACCUGGAUUUGUGCAAACAUUGCUAUUGGGAAAAGUUCAUACAUAAACAUGCAUACACAUCUUCACGCAUUCAUGUUUCAAAAUCAGGUGUUAUUUGUGUGCAAGGGCAACACACUGUUUAUCAUGUGUUAGUAAUACCUGAGUUAUUUGUUAUUUUAAGAUAGAGGUAAUUUUUAAUUGCACAGUGCUUUUUCAUGCUGCUUUUGUAACUUGUAUGCUAAUGAGCUAAAGAAAUGUAACUUUUUAUUUCAUGCUUAUCUUUUUAAAUGUUUAAAAUAAAAUUAUAAGCAAUUUUCUUUGAUCAUUCUCUUAAAAUCAGUGUGACCACAGACAUUUUAUGUGAAGCAUUUUGAAAAAUCUUACUGACAAAUACUUAACAACUGUGGAUAUCCUCAUUUAGGUUAAGAAGAAGAUUCACAUCCAUCAGCCUUAGAGUUGGUACUACAAUUCAGGUCCUUAUGAGAGUUAGCAACUUGGCAGUUGACAGCAAGAUACUGUCAGUUGAACAGCAUCUUUCUGCUAUAAAUAAUUUCUGCUUUUGUUAUAAAUGAAAAAGAUCCUGUGUGCCUGCUAGAAGACAUUUUCUCUUUUUUCUUUCAGCCUGUUUGUGUGAUGUUUCUCACAGUGCUUUGCAGUAAGGUUGCUAAUGCUUACCAGUCUUCAGGCUCUGCACAAAGGCCUUUCCUAGUAACAGCAAAACCCAGGCUGCAAAUGAACCUGGGUUUGGAGGAAUAGCCUGAGGUAUGUUUGCUGUUGUCUUUUGUAUGGACUCAAGAUACUGAGCCAGGAAGGGAGUAAAAAGCACCUUUUGGAUCAACUUAAAAGAGGUAUAAAUAUGUUUAAUUAAGUAUUUAUCAGAAAAAUAAGAGUAAUUAAAAUAGAAUAAUUUUAUAGUUUAUAUUAAAGUCUUAGUGUAGAUUUUCUGGGUGGCUUCUUUAAGUUCUCACAGUGAAUAAAAACUGAUAAUAAAUAAUAUACAUAAAAUAAUAAUAUAAAUAAACUGAUAAAAAAUGGUACAACCAUAUAUUCUAGACUGCAGUUUUAAAUUUCCAUUAUUUUUACUUUGCUUUUCCUUGGAUCUUUGUGAUGAUGUUCUUUGUUGUAGCAGGUACCUGCGGGAGAGGUUUAGAUGAUGAUGCAGUAACAGCCGCAUGCUGAGUUUAUAGAGUCACUUCAGUUACUUCUUUUCAUUUCAUUCUGGUUAGGAAAAGACCUUAUGCAUGCUUUUGCAAACUGGUGAACACACUGAUGGUAUCUGUGAAAAUUGUGGAUGGUCUUGGGCAAGGACCCCCCAAGCUAUUACUGCUAACAGUUUGGGAUUCUGAAGCUUCCUUUGCUAUUGCCUCUCUCCUCUCCUAAUCCAUUUCACUCAAGUAUUAGAAACCAGAGGGCAACCACAUAUAGUUUGUAUCAUCAUAUAUACUGUUGUUAUAUAUAGUUCAACCUUAUAAUUACAAUUUAGUUUUAAUCUUAACUGAAUAACAUACCUGCAUACACCUUACAAAUGAAUGUCAUACAUUUAUAGGGGGCUUGGGUAGAUUAAACCAUUGUCUAUGUAGCUAAGAACACUUGAUUUUUCCUUUAGUCUAUUUUGUUAUGUUAGUUAAAAUUCUGUUUUCCAUCACCUCACUGAUAGCAUGGGAACAUCCUCCUUUUAAAACAGUCAUCGUGCAACAACAAGAAAUGUAGGGCUAGAUCAAAUGAAGGUGUUAGAGCCUAGACAGACGGAACAAAUACAAGCGGACUUUCUCAAAAGUGCAUAGUUGCAUCAUUCUUACUGUAAUUACUGACUUGUUAGACUCCUUUGCUCUUUGUAGCUGUGUAUUUAGAGCUUAGUUACUUUAAAAAGUUGUCUCUUGGAUCCUCUCAGAAAUGCAGUUAUUCAGGGAAAAAAGCUUUGAAUUCAUGGUCAUUCCUGGAUUUUAGAUGGUGUCGCUGCUCAAAACUGUUCUUUCUUUUGCCUGUGCAGUGGGACUGUUCUGGAAGUUUCCCUUUUGCAAACCUUGUGGGUACUUUACGUGGUGCUGUGACAUCCAGGCUGUAUUGUUACCAUGUCUCUGUUACCUCUGUACUUUAAGCCCAAGGUCGUCUUCUCAGGCUUUGUGUUUAUCAACAAUCCACCUGCACCCAGAUGACUGGCAGAGGUGUGGUCUGACAUGCUCUUGAACCACAAACCUGAUUUCCUAAAUCAGGUUUAGGG